CCACAUAAUGGUCUGGACUGCGAUUGGAGAGAGCAAGUGCGCACGGACGCAGACGCAGGAGAUAUCGGAGGCAGGCACCGAACAGAACAGAGCUCAUCAUAGUAUCUGAUUUAACUGUAUUUGGGAAUCAAUUCAGAUUAUAAAGAAAAAACGUUCCAAUUGAGAAACGGAAGAAGGAGUGAAAAUGGGACAUACAGUGUUACCCAUUUUGAUGGCCGUAUUGUCCCAUUGCAUGUGGGGAAAUGUCGAGGCCUUGGCCGUGGCUGAGGUGAAUGGACCGGGGCCCCUGGUGGCCGAGCCGCAGAUUGCCAUGUUCUGUGGGCGUCAGCUGCUGCACAUGAUCCCUGAGACUGGCCAAUGGGAGCCUGACCCUCAGGGCCGCCAGGGCUGCUUCACAGAGCCCAACCAGAUCCUGUCCUACUGCCAAGAGAUGUACCCAGCCCUACAGAUCUCCCAUGUGGAGGAGUCCUCCAGCCCCGUCACCAUCCCAGCCUGGUGUAAGAAGGGCUGGGGCCACUGCCAGACACGCCCCUUCAUCGUCAUGCCCUACCGCUGCCAGGUGGGUGAGUAUGUGAGUGAAGCCCUGUUGGUUCCAGACCGAUGCCGUUUCCUGCACCAGGAGCAGAUGGAUGUCUGUGAGAGCUACGUCUACUGGCACAACAUAGCCAAGGAGGCCUGCACAGCAGACAGUCUGGAGCUGCAUAGUUAUGGGAUGCUGUUGCCGUGCAGCGACCGUUUCCGUGGGGUGGAGUAUGUGUGCUGCCCGGGGAGGGGCGGGUCCAGUGGCAGGGGGGAGACCGAGGGAGGGGACGUUCUCCCAGCAGGACCCCAGGCCCUUAACCCUCAGGCCAAAGUCAACACAGGAGUCAAAGUGACAACACCCACCACAAGCCCCUCUCCUGACACCGAUGUGGACGCGGCAGACAUGGAUGAGGAAGAUGAUGAGAUGGUGGAAGAGGAUGAGCAGGUGGUGGAGGAGGAGGAGGAGGAGGCAGUAGAAGAUGAGGAGGAAGAUGAGGAGGAGGAGGAGGAGGAGGAGGAGGAGCAGCAGCAGGAGGUUGCAGAAGCAGCAGCAGUGAAAGAGGAGUAUGAGUACUCCAUUGACUCUGGCCCCUACCAGGCUACUGACUACACAGACUCCUUCUACUACGAGAAAGACCAGGGUCAGGCUGGUCGCAACCCCUCCACGUCCCCACCCCAGACCAGGGGAGACAGCCUACCCACCCCUCACCCCACAGAUGGCGUGGAUGUUUACUUCGAGAUGCCAGGGGACGACAGCGAACACGCCAACUUCCUGCGUGCCAAGAUGGACCUGGAGGAGCGGCGAAUGAAACGCAUCAAUGAGAUCAUGAAGGAAUGGGCUGAGGCUGACAACCAGUCCAAGAACCUGCCCAAGUCUGACCGCCAGGCCCUUAAUGAGCAUUUCCAGUCUGUGUUGCAGACUCUGGAGGAGCAGGUGGCAGGGGAGAGACAGAGGCUGGUGGAGACCCAUCUGGCCCGCGUGGUGGCCACCCUCAACAACAACCGCAGACUGGCCUUGGAGAGCUACCUGACCGCCGUGCAGGCCGAGCCCCCACAGCCGGAGCGGGUGCUGCAGGCUCUGAAGCGAUACAUGGCAGCAGAGCAGAAGGACCGCAGACACACUCUGAGACACUACCAGCACAUUGAGGCCGUCGACCCCCAGAAGGCUGAGCAGAUGAAGUUCCAGGUCUACACCCACCUCCAUGUGAUUGAGGAGAGGAUGAACCAAAGCUUGGCAUUACUCUACAAGGUCCCUGCCUUGGCUGAGGAGCUGCACGAUGAUAUCCAGGAGCUGGUGAAGGCGGAGCGAGGAGAUAUCAGUGAGCUCAUGACCACUUCCUUCUCUGAGACACGCACCACCGAGGAGCUGCUUCCUGCCGAGAGUGAGGAGGAGAAGGAUGACGAGGAGGAGGAGGAGAGAGCCUUCCAGAACAGGCCCUACCCACCUCGCAUCGACCCACAGCCCAACACUAAGAAAGCCUCUACAGACGAGUAUGACUAUGCCACAUCUGAGAGAAGCCCCACAUAUGAAUAUGAGGAGAAAAUUAACACCUCUCUAGAGCUCAAGCAGGUGGUCUUCAAGUCUCCUGAGAUCCAGACCGAUGAACUGCAACCAGACGCCCUGGAGACGUUCAACCGUGGGGCCAUGGUGGGGUUGCUGGUGGUUGCCGUGGCCAUCGCCAUGGUGAUGGUGAUCAGUCUGUUGCUGGUGCGCAGGAAGCCGUAUGGCACCAUCAGCCACGGCAUCGUGGAGCAGGUUGACCCCAUGCUGACCCCAGAGGAGCGCCAACUAAACAAGAUGCAGAACCACGGCUACGAAAACCCCACCUACAAAUUCUUUGAGCAAAUGAACUGAGGCAAUGGGUGUGGCCUCCCGGUCAUGCCCAAUCACACGAGGCGCUCCCUUUCCUUGUCCCCCUCCUAGAGGUGGUCCCAGUCACACCGCCUAUGAUGUAUUAAGAUGUAUCAUUACGACCAACACUUUAAUGUAACUUGACAAGCAAAUAGGGGGUAUACGCCCCAAACCUCUGACCAACCAUGUCCCCACAUCAGUUUUGGAAUGUAAACCAGUAACAGAGAUGUAUUACCAGCUGAUCCAUCCUCUUACUCUUCUGGUCUAGAAUAAAGGGGUGGACAUUAAUGCCACAGUGUAACAAUCAUCUCCUUUGGAGAGAUUCACUCCUGUCUACUUGGAUAGGAAUGCCAUUGGAAUGGCUUGAGUUGACCCCCUUAUUCUUAAUCAAAUGGAUUGGUAUUUGUCAGAAACUGACUCAAUGUUGAACACUGCAUUUUGCUUUGUUGUGUAUGUCAUCUGUUUUAUUCUUUGUUGGAUUGUGUUACAGCUCUGAUUCAUUAUAUUCCAGUUCAGAUAAAUGGUGUAAAAUGUGAACAAACAAUAUAGUCUGAUUAUAGUAUAACUGAUUUAAAUCUCCAUACAAACUGGUUCUCUAUCUAAAGCUACAAUGACUCUGACAUGAUGACCACCAAGCCAACCCCACCUCCAUGAGUCAAUGUAGGAUGUCUUCUUUCAAAGCCAGGCACAGUUGUAAAGGUUAAGCAGAGAUGAGGAGGUUGGGAAUGUGAGGUAUUGAAGCUUGAUUAACUUAGUUGUUACUUAGGUAUUACUUACACCAACAUAUAUUAUCAAUCCAUAGUAAUAUGGGUUGGUGAUCUUUUGAUAUUAAGCCCAAUCUCAUCUCCUUCAGUCUGUGGCAUCUGACACAACUGGCACCCAGAGCCUGUUCUAUGCGAUGUGAACUAUAUAAUUGAACUAAUGUACCAAAUGUUUCGUUAAGUGAAUGACUGCUACCUAAAAAAUUGUAACAAAGUAAUGAGAAGUCCAUUGUUUUAAUGAAAGCAUGCAGAUUUGGUGUAUGAUGCUACCGUCUUUGUGUUGUUCCUGUUCUUUGCUUUUGAUAAGAUGGAAAUGUGACAAAUUAAAAUGGACAGUGUAAAUAUCUUUAGAAAAAAAAACAUCUUCAAAAUAGACAUUUCUAGAAUGAUUUUGCAUCAGUGUAAUGGAAUAAAAUAAAAUAAAUACCUUGUGCUGUUCA